AUCUGUGGUAGAAAUUUUAACUUAUAUUUUAAAAAUAAAUAAUAUUUUACCAUUGAUUUCAUACGAAAAGAUUCAAGUCUUCAAACAUAGAAAAUUAAGUAUUCGUUUAUGCAGUGUAAUCUUUUUGUUAUAUCUUCCUGCAGAAUGGGUUAAACUUAAAAAAAAAUAGUCCAUAAACUCGAGCUUGAAGGAACGUUGAACGUUGGUAAUUCUCAAGAUGAGUAGCAACUCACUUUUAUUUUCCAUUAAUAACGAAGGCAAAGUUUAUGCUCUUUCUACAAGUGGAUCAUGCUGGAGAGAGUUUAUGUAUCUUGGUUUAGAAUUUAAAACUUUAUCUGCUGUACCACAUUUCCUGUGGGCAGUGGGUGGUGACCGGCAAAUUUACCUCCACGUUCAUGGCUUAGAAAUACCUAUUAGAGUUAAAGAAGAGUCUUACGAAAAUGAAAGAUGGCUUCCAUUAGAGGGAUUCAGUGGCAGACUUUUGCCUACAGAUCGUUACCAGUUUUCCUCUCAAGAUGGUACAAAAGAUAGGUCCAUUGAAUGUAUUAGACUACCUUCCAUGGCAUGGCAAUGGGAAGGCGAUUGGCAACUUGAACUUGCAUUAGAUGGGCAGCCUUUAGAUCAUGAUGGCUGGACAUAUGCAGUGGAUUUUCCUGCCCAGUUUGGGACAGUGAAACAGUGGAAGUCAUGUGUAAGAAGAAGAAAGUGGAUAAGGUACAGAAAGUUUAGUGCAAUGAACUCUUGGUGUGCUAUAGCACCUCUACAUAAAGACCCCACCCAAGAACCAUUUAUAGAUAUUACCAUUGGGGGUAAUCAAAUACCUUAUGCCUCUCCAGGCACUUUAUCAGUUUGGUCCAUCACAGCUCAGGGCCGUGUCAUGUACAGAGUUGGUGUUAGUACAACAUCUCCAGAAGGAUUAAAAUGGAUUAAUGUUAGCAUUCCACCAAACUGUGACAUAAAACAAAUUUCUGUUGGACCUACUGGUUUGGUUUGGGCUUUACUAUGGUCAGGCAGAGCUAUAGUCAGAAAAGGCAUAAACAAAGACUGUCUUACAGGAGAAGCUUGGCUAGAAGUUAAGUCACCAACUGAAACCAAAUUGACUACUGUGUCAGUAGGUUUUAAUGCAGUUUGGGCGGUCAGUUCUGAUUCUAGAGUAUGGUUUAGAAAAGGUAUUGAAGGUAAUGCAGUUGGGCACUCGGAAACUGCUGCUAUUGGAAAUGGUUGGUUAGAAAUAAAUGGUAAUAUGAUACAUAUCUCAGUCGGUAUCAAUGACCAAGUUUUUGCAAUUGGAGAAUCUAAUAAAGGUGUAUACUGGCGAAGCGGGAUUACACCAGCUGAACUCACAGGCAAGAGAUGGAGAAUGGUUCAGGCUAAUAUGCAAUUGAGUCGAACAUCUAGCUCAGCUAGUAUUAUAUCAUCAGCAUCUAAUCCAAAACAUCACAGCCUUGGUUUAUUGAAUGAAAAUACUAUAGAACUUAAAACAAAUAUAAAUUUACGCAAUUCUUGGGAAGAGUCCCACUCAGCACCUAUUGAAAACACUUUGCCAUUAAAGCCAUCAAAGGAAUUGAGACCUAAAAAAAAUGUGAAUGUAGAAAAUAUUGAUUUAACAGGUAAAAGCUAUGAAACCACACUAAAAAAUCCCCGAGCAUGGAGCCCAGUAAGAAGUGUAGGCUCUGUAGUUGGCAUGGAAGCCCAGCCAGAUAGUGAUAGUAGUGUCUUUGAUGUUGACUCUGGUAUGUACUUUGAUGAAGAAGUCAGUCAAACGGCUUGGGGCACGUGUGAUGCCACAUGGACAUUUAUAGAAGCUGGUGCUUGUUCUAUAGACACUAUUCAAGUACCCCACUGGUUUUCAGAUUCUAAAAAUGCACACAAUUCUGAUAUAACAGCUAAAUGGAGAUCCCAAAUAUUAGAUUGUUUGAAAAGUCGAAACAGCUUUAAUAUUGAUCUUAGUAACUUUGGUUUGGCUAUUGAAGAAAAGGGCUGGACCCGUAGUUGUGAAGCAAGACUGGUCAGUGAUAAUAAUAUUUGUGAAGACAGUAUUCUAUCACUCUAUUGGCACGCUGUUGAAAAUGCUGGGACUUUGUCAGUAUUUCAACCUGAUGGAACCAUAAAGUUUAUAUUAAACUUAGGGGAAAUAACAAGUAUCACAUCAUCAUCUGAACCAGGAUGCCCGAGGAUAACUUUAACAAUCCCUAAUCAAAGUCAAAGAAUUAUAAAAGUUCAAUUCAUUUCAGAAAUGGAACAAGAAGAAUGGUUUAGUGUUUUAAUCGAUAUAUCAUCACAAAUAAAUGGGUUGUCUGGGAAACCCUCCACUAACUCAAUAUGGAUUGUGACUAGUUAUGGAGAUGUCCUUAAUUGGGAUCCAACACCAGCCCAAUGCAACAUGGACAAAAAUGGCAAAUAUGUAAAAGAAUUUCAAGUAUUUGGUAAGGAUAUUGUUACUGGAUUUACUACAACACUGCAUAACAAUUUCUUACCAGGAAGCGUUUUAAAACUGUCGGGGUGCUUGUUUGAUGAAAUUAAUAGAUUUCAUAUCAAUUUGCAAGGUCCAGAGGUUCUUAAACAAAGGCAUAAAAUAGAAACAGAGGUGACAGAAAUACCAUUACACUUUAAUGUUAGGUUUGAUGAAUCUACAGUUGUUUGCAACACAAAAAAAUCAGGGUGCUGGGACUAUGAAGAGCGACAUCCAUUACCAUUAAGACCAGGCCAGGAGUUUUCAAUUAAAAUUAUAUGUGAUUAUAAUGAAUUCAUCAUAAAUAUCAAUGAUUCAAAAUUUUGCUCCUAUAAACAUAGAUUAAGUCCUGAAAGUAUUACAUCUGCAUUGAUAUGGGGUCCUGUUAAGCUAUAUACCAUGGAGUAUUAUUCAACUAGUGCUAUUAUUGGGCCUGAUGAAAUGAUAUGGCGAACAAUGGGGGGUUAUUUAAGGAAAGUGGAGAGUUGUCGAAAUGGAGUUGUGUGGGGCAUAUGCCAUGAUCACAGAGUAUGGGUCUACACUGGUGGAUGGGGUGGUGGGAUACUUAAAGGAAUUGGUGGAAGUGAUGGAAUUCAUCCAAUGACAGACACACAAACUUAUUGUAUUUAUGAAAACCAGAGAUGGAAUCCUUUGUCUGGUUAUACUUCUACAGGACUGCCGACUGAUCGCUAUAUGUGGAGUGAUGUUACAGGAAAACACAAGAGAACUAGAGAACAUACGAAAUUGCUCAGCCGUCAUUGGCACUGGAUAUCAGAAUGGAUGGUGGAUUACAAUACUCCAGGUGGAGUUGAUAAUGAAGGGUGGCAGUAUGCAACAGAUUUUCCUGCUCCAUAUCACGGAAAAAAGGUUUUUACAGACUGCGUCCGUCGUAGAAGGUGGUAUCGUAAAGCACAAAUUGUCACAGAGGGUCCAUGGAUUCGUGCAGGAAGCACCGCUUUACUAGAUAUAUCAUUAUGGGCCAAUGAUAAAACUGUUUCUGUAUGGGCUAUAACAUUGGCAGGCGAAGCAAUAUACAGGACUGGAGUUACGGCUACUACCCCAGUGGGUCUUCAUUGGGAACAUGUAAAUAGUCCCCACACGUUUGUAUCAAUAAGCAUAUGCAACAGUGUCAUAUGGGCAGUUGGUCGCAAAGGAGAACUUUAUUACCGAGAAGGUGUCUCCACUGAAAACCCAGGAGGUAUAAACUGGAAGCUAAUAGAAUCCCCAAAAUGUGCAUUCACAUUUAAUCCCAAGGCUGCUACUGGUACCAAAUUAGUAUCACUGACAAACAGUGCUGCUUGGGUUGUACUUAUGAAUGGAGUUAUUGCUGUAAGAACAGAUGUUUCAAUACAUCAGCUAGAGGGUAAACAGUGGAAAUAUUUAACAGAUUGCGAGUUACCAUUCAAGCACGUGUCGUGUAUGGAUCAAGAAGUUUGGGCUGUACAGAACGACGGUACGCUCCAUCGGAGGGUCGGAGUAACAGCUCACAAUGCGGUCGGAAUAGCAUGGCAGCUAGUUCAUUGUGGACCAUUGGUUCACGUUUCUGCUAGAGGGUGCAAUGCAUAAAUCUAUUAUUUAGAAAUUGAUGCUCAUUUAUAGCUUACGUAUGUAUGUAUUGGACGUAUACAACAGGAAUUUUGUUUAGUUAAGGUAUUAUUUAUUAACUUUUUGAUACUCAAUUAAUUUUAAAUUCCAACAUUCCUGUAUUUACCUUGUUUUAUGAUAAAAAUAGUUUUAUCUUAAGUAAAUUAUUUUUUGAAUCCCAAAGUUAGGACUUAUAAAUGUUUGUAUUAUUUUUAGGAAUUUUCCAAAAAUAGUCAAAGUAAGAAUCUUAAGUUAUAGCUCACCUAUAUUUGUAAGUAAAAAUCAGCUAAACUCUCAAUCGUAUCUAGUCAUCAUUUAUCUUUUAAAGUUCCUCACAGUGAUGUACUUUAUAUCUAGUAGGUUAAUCAUGUAUUUAUCUCUUUUGAUUUAAAGUUAGCAUUAGCUUAUUCUAAAAUAAAUUAUUGUACUCUCGA